UGCACGCCCUCCGUCUCUUCCGUGAAAACAUUUGCUGUGUUGCCAGCCUCAGGCCACUCCCUCUCCCCGUACCAACGCGAAAGCAGUCCAGUCUUAGCCAUCAACCGUGUCUGCUUACGACUAUGUGUACAACUGAGAAUGGCGGAGGCCAACGCGCUUGAGGAACUCCAGUCAGAGCUCACCUGCCCGGUGUGCUUGGAGCUGUUCCGGGAUCCGGUGAUCCUCGAGUGUGGACACCACUUCUGCCAGUUGUGCAUCAUCCAGUGCUGGGAAGCCAAGGCGGACGAGGUGUCGAGUUGCCCGAAGUGCAGAAAGUCGUGCGGCCGCAAACUGCGACCCAAUUCGCUUCUGUGCAACGUCGUGGACAGUGUGCGGAGGGCCGGGGUCAUGAACACGGCCGCCGCUGGGAUGACCGGAUGGCAUCCGGAAGAUGCGCCGGAGGAGCCCGAGGAGCGGGAGCUCGGGUCCAGCAUGAGCAGCGUGGCGUCGUCUAUCGGGCACUGGCCGCGCGUGGGUAUGGAUAUGUGCGAGGAACACGAGGAGAAGCUGAAGCUUUACUGUGAGGACGACCAGCUGCCCAUCUGUCUUGUUUGCGGCAUGUCCCGGGACCACAAGACCCACAAUGUCAUCCCUAUUAACGAGGCCUUUGAAAACUACAGGGACAAGCUGUCUAUUGCUUUAGAGAGGGUUCAGCUGCAGACAGAGGAGGCCACACUCUUCCAAAGACAGACCAAUGAAAAGAUCCUCCUCAUCAAGGGGCGAGCAGGAGAUCUGGAGGAGCUGGUCAGUGCAGAGUUUGGUCGUCUGAGGGAGUUCCUGCUUGAGGAGGAGGAGCGCAUAAAGGAGAAACUGCAGAAGUUGAAAGAGGAGAAGCUCAACCAACUGGAGGAGGCGCUCACUCAGACCACAGAGCAAAUCAGCCAGUUGGAAAGUACAGCAGACCAGCUUUCCCUGAAACUGAGGGAAGAAGAAAACCCAGAGCAACUCAAGGGAAUCAAAGAUUUUAUUGGAGGGGCUGAGAGCUUGUUUGAGCGCCCUCCAGAGGUGAGUGUCAAUCUGCAAUCAGGAGAGCUCCUGGGACCUCUACAGUACAGAACCUGGAGGAAAAUGAGCUCAAUUUUUCAGCCAGCUGUCACAGCAGUGUCCCUCGACCCAAACACAGCCUACCCCUGCCUGUGGGUUUCCUCAUGUCACACCAGCGUCCAGGUGGGAAAAAUCCAGCCCAACCUGCCAAACAACCCUGAGCGUUUCACCCGCUACAACAUCGUCCUGGGCUCUGAAGCUUUCUCUUCUGGCAGACACUACUGGGAGGUGGAGGUGGGAUCCAAGACAGCGUGGGGUCUGGGAGUUGCCCGAGCCUCUGUCAACAGGAAGGAGGAGAUCAGCCUCUGUCCAGAGGACGGUUUCUGGACCCUGGUGCUGAGGGACAACUGCAACGGCACUAGCGAGUAUGAAGCAUGUACGGAUUCAGAGGAGUGCUUAUUACAUCCCUCCAAACCCCCCAGGAGGGUGGGAAUCUAUCUGGACUGUAAUCGUGGUGAAGUGGCGUUUUAUGACGCAGGAGACAUGAGCCACCUCUUCACUUUCUAUGACGCGAAUUUCAGAGAGCCUGUUUUUCCAUACUUCAAUCCCUGGCCUAUUAUCAACGGACGCAACCGGGAGCCGCUCACCUUAGUAACACCUCAGUGGAGAUAGAUGUCUCUUUUACUGGAAGACUGACGCUCUGAAUCAGCAAGUUCAGAGUAAAACCAUAAAAGAAGAUUUCGUCUCAUUAGCAUUCACUCUCUGUCUCGUCUUAAAGACUUUGUUGUAUUAAUUAUAAGGUCCUGGUGAACAUGCAGAGAACCGUACCGCAUCCUUGUAAGACUGUAAAUAAGACGAUGGAACUAACAAAGGACAAGACUAAUGACACUUAAAAGCUGUUUACUACAUUCUGCAUUUUUUUAUUGUCAACAAAUCCUAUUGAAAGACCAAAACAACAAACUAGGAUGAUUUAUUUUAUGCAUUUGUGCCAUGAUUGUACAGGAAAAACUAUGAAAAACACAUCAGUGAGCCACACUGUUGCCCAGAAUAACAUGUUCCUUUUUUUAACGAUGAA